CUCAAUCAGUCUCCACAAAACCCCAGUUUUUAGUCUCCACUACUCCUCCCUCUAUAGCUCAGAAAAACCAAAACCAAAACCACCAUCGUCGCCGGCGACGAUUAAUCGCCGGGAAUGAUUAUUCCGGCCGCGGUGUUAUUCAUUUCUAUACGCAAUGUCCGUAUCUCCGAUCAUCGCAGUCACGUUUUCCACGAAAAGCGAUACUCUUUCGCUUAAUUUUGCCUCCCAAGUUAUUCCUAAUUCCUUCUUUUUGAGACGGUGAAAUUUUUGUUCUUGUUUAGCUGACUGAGACGAGAAGCCAGGCAUUAAUUUCAAAAUCGAGUUAAUGCAAAUUUUGUUUUCAAUUUUUGAAGUGAUAUUUUGUUUCGGUGUAAAUGCAAUAGAGCUGUGCAUUGAGUGACUGAGAUAAUCGCAAAGCCCCCAAAACCCUCUGAGAUUUUGAAUUCCCGGAGUUUCGAUGCCUUUUCCGAUGAAGAUCCAACCGAUCGAUAUCGAUUCCGAGGCGGUGAGAGAGCCGGUCCGGAUCGACUCGGCUGCCAAGCCGGUGUUGAAAUCCCGGCUCCGGCGGCUGUUUGACCGGCAGUUCCCGAGCGUGCUUAGAAUCUCCUCGACGGAAAAACCUACCGUCGCCGGCGGUGAUUUCAACAAGGACGGCGGAGGAGGAGGAGGAGCCAUCGCCGAGUUCGAGCCGAGCUCGGUUUGCCUUGCGAAGAUGGUUCAGAAUUUCCUCGAAGAAACCAACGAGAAGCAGCAGGCGACGAAAUGUGGCCGGAAUCGCUGCAAUUGCUUUAACGGAAACAACAAUGACAGCUCCGACGACGAGCUCGACGUCUUCGGCGGCGAGUCCAUCACCACCGGUGGUUCCUUUGGCGGCGACGCCUCUGAUGUCCUCAAGAGUCUGAUUCCAUGCGCGAGUGUCCACGAGAGAAACCUCUUAGCCGACUCAGCCAAAAUCGUCGAGACGAACAAGAAUAUCAAACAGAAAGACGAGCUCAGAAAGAUCGUCACCGACGGCCUCUCGUCUCUCGGCUACGACUCCUCCAUCUGUAAAUCCAAGUGGGACAAAUCACCGUCUUUUCCUGCCGGUGAAUACGAGUACAUCGAUGUGAUGGUGGAGGGGGACAGGUUGUUGAUUGACAUCGAUUUCCGAUCGGAAUUCGAAGUGGCGCGGCCCACUGGGGCCUACAAGGCAGUCCUUCAAUCGCUGCCGUUCAUUUUCGUCGGCAAAUCGGACCGUCUCGGCCAGAUCGUCUCCAUCGUAACGGAGGCGGCGAAGCAGAGCCUCAAGAAGAAAGGAAUGCCGUUUCCGCCGUGGCGGAAAGCCGAGUACGUCAGAGCCAAGUGGCUCUCUCCUUGCACAACCAGAACCACCGCCUCGCAGCUUCGGAACGACGUCGUUGCUCCGGCGCCGGAGAAUGGGACCGUCGUCGUUUCCGACGACCUGAGCGAGUGCGGAGAACUCGAGUUGAUCUUCGGCGAGGACGCCGUGAAUUUAACCGAUCCGUCGCCGGAAGUUGAGGCGAAAGUGACCGGAAAUUCAGUGGCGGUGGCGUGGCAGCCGCCGGCGGUCAAGCCGAAGAGCGUUGAGAGAGGAGCGAGGAUCGUGACCGGUUUGGCUUCGUUGCUAGCAGCAAAACCGUGAAACAAAUUUUGGACCUUUUUUUUUAAUUUUGAAAAAAUUUUCCCAAACGAAAAAAAAAAAAUGAAGAUAAAUAUAAUAUUAAGAAGAAGAAGAAGAAAAGUAUAAUCGGCGUCGGAAUAGUAGAGUAGUACGGGGACUUGGUACAGGCUUUUUAACUUUUCCUUUUUUCCCACUUUCCCUUCCUUUUUUGUUAGCAAGGGCACAGUUGUAAGAACCAAGUAAAUCUAUGGACCAUAUUAUCUCUCUAUGUAAUAAAAUAAAUGGUACAAAAAAAAAAAGGAGACUUAAUAUUUCUGAGAAA